AUGAAUCCCCCGUUCACUACCGGCACACCCUUUGAGCCGGCACUGAAGCGCCCCCUAUAUAACGAUGUGCCGCCUCUACCCUUCAGACUUCAAAAAAGUUCCCCCUUCCACCUAAUUGCCUCUCACACCGGCGCCUCUGCCUUGUUCUCACCCACGCCGCCGGAGGACCACAAGCCUGCACCGAAGACUGCGAGCCCACCGUCCCCACCCUCCCCGACGUCAUCACCAUCCUCCUCCCUGACGCCGACCCCGUCCUCCUCCCUGAAGCCAUCAUCAUCCUGCUCCCUGACAUUGUCGCCAUCCUCCUCCCUGACGCCGUCACCAUCCUCCUCCCAGAUGCCGACCCCAUUCUCCUCCCUAACGUUGUCCUGCUCCACGAUGUCGUCACCGUACUCCUCCCCCUAUGUCGACCCCGUCCUCCUCCUCGACAUCGUUCUAGUCCUCCUCCCUGAUGCUGACCCCAUCUUCCUCUCUAACUCCAUCCCCGUCCUACUCCCCGAUGCCGUUCCCAUCCUCCUCCCCAACGCCAUCCCCAUCCUCCACCCCGACGCCGUCCCUGUCCCUCUCCCCGAGGCCUUCACUGAGGAGCAGCACCCAGUCACUGUUGUCUCCUCCCCCUCCACCGUCGUCACCUGCGCCGAUGACCCUGCCAUCCUGUCCCCCUCCGUCUCCUCCCCUCGUUCUAGGUACGUCGCCAUGUCCUCGUAA